AACAAAUAAUCUGUCCUGCACAAACAGACCGCUCUCAUUUUAACAGUCAAAAUGGAGGACGGAGAAAAUUCAGGUGGUACUUUUGAUGGUUCAUAUAACAAACUGGAGGACUUCAGUGGAGAUGAGGACACUCUCUACCCAAACCAAAGGAAGCAACAAGUGUCCAUGUCCAUUGUGAGACCUGAAUCCAGUUUGGACCAUUACAAACUGCUCACAGUAAGCCUGGCAGUGCUCGCUGUCAUUCUACUAAUGGUUGAUAUUGGCCUGGGAGUCUAUUAUAGAAAACUUACUGGUGUGCAGGAUACAGUAACGGACAUCGGCAGUGAGGUGGCCAAACUGCAGGCUACUUACAACACUGCAAUCCAAAGCAGGGAUGAAGCCAAGAAACAGUUGGCAAGCGAGAUCAGUGAGCAGAAACUGACCCAGUGGGAGCUUGAACACGAGAAUAAAAAAAGCAAAACCUACGAAAAACUGACUGACAAAUUUCAAAUGGAAAUUGCAGCAUUGAAAUCCCACAUGCCAAUGAUUAAGGAGGGCUGCAGACACUGUCUAGCAGGAUGGACUUUCACAAACUCCUUGUGUUACUACUUCGCCUUCUCUGAUGCUAUGAAACGCAGAUCAUGGCAGGAAGCCAGAAAGUUCUGCACAAAACAAGGAGGCGACUUGGCAGUGAUAGACAGCAGAGAGAAACACCUGGCAAUAAGUGACUUGAUAAAUAAUUAUCAAGACCCCACGAGACCCAUAAGCCACAGUGGAUUCUGGAUCGGAUUGAGUGAUGUGCAGGAGGAAGGGACUUGGAAAUGGCUGGAUGGAACCAGACUGACUGAGGGGUACUGGAAUGAUGGAGAGCCCAACAACGUGGGUAAUGAGGACUGUGCAGCGAUAUAUCCCAGAGGCAACCCCUUUAAGGCCUGGAAUGAUGCUCCAUGCAGUUAUGAACUGAAAUGGAUUUGCCAAAUGACACCAAGGUCUGCGAGUUAAUGAUGACAUUUAAAAAAAUAAAAAAUCACAUUCAAUAUAUUGUUUGAAUGAAGAAUUAACUC